ACCCGAAAAUUACCGCAAGUGCUUCCCUGGCACUUGGUCAAUAUGUAAGACACGAUAUUUCUCUUUUCACAAGAACUUUAGCAAGAAAAUUAGAAAAUAUAGGUGUGGAAAUAUCAUAUAGAACCCAAGGGACACCGAAUAACACAUGCUAA